AGAAGCACACUUUCAACGUGCACUAUUAAGGGCCCUAGAAAUCUGUUUUACGAAGUGAUAUAAAAUAUGGAUUCGGCGUCGACCAGCUCUAAACUCAUCUAUAAAAUGUCUAAUGAGGAUAUCACAAAGCUGAUACAGCUGCGAUCGAGCAACUCGGCGCUUUUUGACGGGAGGAAAAAUUCGUCUAAAACAGCCUGGAGUGCAAUACUCCGAGAAAUGGGGCUUGAGGAAAGGAUUACAACUGAGCAGAUUGCCAAAAAGUGGGAAAACCUGAAGGCAAGAUAUAAGGAUGCAAAAUAUCCUCCCACCGGUGUGGAGAAGAACCCCACCUGCUGGAAAUGGUUCAAUCUCAUGGACGAUGCUCUGGGUGAAGAGUUUGAUGAAAAGAUCAGCCAGCAAGUGAUCACAUCAGAAGCUAACAAUGAUAAUGCACCUCAUCCUAGUAAGAGGCUACGCCAGAUUAAAGUCGGAGGGGAAAUAUUGGAAUUCUUGGAAGAGGAAGGAACUUCGGGGAAUGUGCCGCCGACCUCCAGACCGCAUCUGGCUAAGCGGGCAAGACAAAAAGGCAAGCAGACAACAGGAAGUCACUCGUUGGACAUCAUGAGAACCAAACUUCAAAGAGAAAGACAGCUUCUAGAAAAGGAGCUUGGAGGCCUGGACCGAGAAAAAGCCCUUCUAGAGCGGGAAAGGGCCCUUGCCGAUCGGGAAAGAGCAGCGCUUCAGCGGGACAGAGCCCAGGUAGAGAAGGACAAAGCUGCGGUUAACAGAGAC